AUGACUCACGCAGCUCAAAGCCAAAGCCUCCCGAAACCUACCGGAGCGCUUUCGAAGUCUCCACCGGAGUUAAGCAACGAGGCCAUGAAGAACGCCGCAAAGAAGAAUCCACCUCCUCCCAGUGGUCAACCACCCCAAACCUAUCCAAAACCAACAAUCAUUUCACAGAAAAAACCGACAGAUCCAAAAAAUCAGAAGUCCAAGGACAAGUACAAAGGCCGGCCCGAAAACGAUAUCAAGCCCGCUGGAACCGAAGGGCUCAUCAAGCGAGAAAGCCAUCCCAUUCGAACCCCGGUCUGGAAGCGAGAAGAUCUCACCAGUCCUCAUGUUAUCGUAAACAGAUCAGCGUCUCUCUUGAAAAUACCUUCAUAA